AUGACCCACAGCCUGAGGAGCAGCAGGGUUUACAGCAGCUGGACUGGCAGCAGGGUGACCCACAGCCUGAGGAGCAGCAGGGCUUGCAGCAGAUGGACUGGCAGCAGCAGGGCUUACAGCAACUACACUGGGAACAUCCACAAGAACCACAGCCUCCCUUAGAGCCAACACUAGAGCCACAGCAACAGCCUCCCUUGGAGCCCCCACAAGAGCCACAGCCCCCCUUGGAGCCCCCACAGGAGCCACAGCUGGAGCAGGAACAGGCUGGGACACAGCAGCACACAGGCUUGCAGCAGCAGACGGGCACACAGCAGCUGGAGCCACAGCCCCCACAACUGGAGCCACAGCCCCCACAGCCGGAGCCACAGCCCCCACAGCCGGAGCCACAGCCCCCACAGCCGGAACCACAGCCCCCACAGCCGGAGCCACAGCCCCCACAGCCGGAGCCACAGCCCCCACAGCCGGAACCACAGCCCCCACAGCCGGAGCCACAGCCUCCAGAGCAGCCACAGCAGCCCAUGGUUCUGGUGGAUUGAGGGUGGAGCAGGUAGAGGAACAGGUUGUGGGUCAUCCUGCUGCCAGUCCAGCUGCUGACUCCCCGAAGGGAAGAAGAAGCCAGCACAGUCAGGGACUGACAGGCAGACCGGAGCCUGGGGGAGCUGGGCUCUCCAGAAUGGCAGGAGGGACAGAGACACUGUCCAGCAGCCUCCUGCCCCCAGACCUGAUGGAGAACAAGACCUUGGCCGUGCUGAAUUUCACUCCUGUACUAGAAGAGCCCAGAGUGUAUGCAUGGAUAGAAACACAGACAAAUAAACCAUUUAAAACACCGGUAAGGCGAAUCCUUCUGGAACAGCGAUAGAAGGCUGUGGUCUGAGGGCAGAGGCAGGAACAGAGGAGGCUCCACUCAAUCCUGGGGGGUGUGGGAGGGCAGGACUUGCGCCCAGAGGCUGUAGAGAGGAAAACAAUGCAGGAGGGGGAAGUGUGUCAUGAGGCAACACAGUAUUUUUAUUCUAAAUGACACACAAGUUCCCUAAGGAGAGAAUAUCAGUAAGAACCAGGAAGGGACCAUGUGCACCCCAUGACCCCUAGACAGAUAUAUAAAGAGCCCAGGCCCAGGGGACUCCACACCUGCACUUCUCUCUCACCUCCUCAUCUACCUGCUCCACCCUCAAUCCACCAGAACCAUGGGCUGCUGUGGCUGCUCCGGA